CCUCCGUCCCCGCCCAACCACAUCGCAGAUCAACCCCUUCUCUCACAUCUCCUCCCUGCUCCUCGAUGGCUCGUCCACUCUCUCGGCGCGCACAGCAAAUCGGUAGACGCAUUGGCCCGGCCCCCUGUACCACCUCAACGGAAAUGGGUUCGGCGAAGGGUAGAGACCAUCACCCUCUUGUUGGGCCCUUAUCAUUGGUUUCCUCCCUCUGUGCAACCUUGCCACGAAGACAAGCUGCAAGAAAAAGUUCCAGCUGAACAGGGGCCGGACGUAGCACUGCAUACUCGCUCAAAACAUCUUCAUUCGCUGCUUCUAAUUGAAUACGAGGUGGGGUCGUGGCCUCCACCUUCUAUUAUGCUAUAGCAGUCGCGGUCUCUCUCUAGUCCUGCAAGCCUCAUCAGAUUUCCCAUUCUUGUUGGAGAAACCGAUGCCUCAAAACGAGGCUGCUCCAAAGCCGAACACGCUGAAAACAGAAGCGCAGCGCAAAAGCGGUCAACCAUGACGAGACGAACCGUGCUCAGCGCGGACCUCAAGGAACGCCAUGUCAACAUGAUGGCAUUCUCUGCCUGUAUAGGGUUUGGUCUGUUCUUGCAAAGCGGGAAAAUCAUCUACAUUGCUGGUCCUGGGCUGGCCAUUGUUGCUGUUGUUCUGGCAUCCUCCGUUAUGUGGUCCGUAGUCGCCUGUCUAGGGGAAAUGACGGCUCUGUUUCCGGUUCAGGGACCGCUUUUCGAAUUUCCCGGUCGAUUCAUCGAUGAAGCAGUAGGAUAUGCCACGGGAUGGAUAUCUUGGUUUGCGUGGGUGGCCAUCUUAGCGGCAGAGGUUCUGGCCGUUGCCCAGCUAUGGAAGUUUCGGUUCGACGAGCAGUACCUGAGGGACGUGGGUUAUCCCGAGAAAGAGUUGGGCUGGAGCACAGAUGGGUACAGCCCAGCAGUUUGGGUGUUCCUCUUCCUGAUCCUUAUCGGGCUCGUCAAUCUGCUUCCCGUGCGACAAUACGGCCAGAUUGAGUACAUAUUCGGCGUCUUGAAGAUGACCUUUAUUUCCGGGCUCAUCGUGUUCAAUGUCAUAAUCAGUGCGAUCCAGCUGGUACCCCAUGGGAAUCACUUCUGGACCUGGAACAAACCGUACGGUUUUUCGUCGGAGAGCCUGGUCGUCCACCCUUCUCACGAUGUCGAUACAGGAGUGGUACUAAGGGGCGAGCAAGGCCGAUUCCUGGCUCUAUGGACUGCCAUUGUUGCCGCACUAUUCUCUUUCGUCGGCUUCGAAACAAUCGCUAUCACGGCAGCCGAGAACAAGGAUCUCGAAAAGCACGAGACCAUCAAGCUGGCUACCAAAAAGUUGACGCUACGCAUCACCAUUCUUUAUGUGCUGGGGACCUUUGUGGGAGGCCUGAACGUUCCUUACAACGAUCCCAACCUUAUCAACAUCCAGAUCAGCAGUAUCCGCGCCGGUCAAAACAGUAUCUUUGUGCUCGCAGCUGUACGGAAUCACUUGAGGACUUGGCCAAGCUUGUUCAACGCCUUUUUCAUUUUCUCCGCGACCACAUCAGGCAUCAACAGCUUAUAUAAUUCGAGCCGCUUACUUCAUGCGUUGGCCAGUAUUCCGGAAGCAUGGCCUCUGUGGGCGCAGAACUUUAGGAGACGCUUGGAGCGAACGACCUCACGAGGCGUACCCCUCGGCACCGUGACGGCUAGCUGGGCUGUUGGCCUCAUCGCUUUUCUGGCUGUGAAGCCGUUCCCCUCGUUGGUGCUCGGCCGGAUUACAAAUAAUGCCGUGGUGUCGGAGUUGAUUGCAUAUGCUGUCAUCUGUCUUUCUUACAUUCAGUUUUACCAUCGGAUCAAAGCAGCAGCUGAGGACCAUACGCUCGAAAAUCGAUCGGCCUUCAACCGUGACGACAAACAGUAUCCUUAUCGGACCCAUGGACAAUUGUUCCGAGCAUACUACGGAUUUCUUUUCUGUCUGCUGCUCAUCGUUUUCAAUAAUUGGAGGGCUUGCGUAUCGCCCUUUUCGACUGCCGAUUUCGUCUCCUCGUAUGUUGGUAUUCCGGCGUUCUUUGCCCUUGUCGCAGCCUACCAUGUGAGGUCGGAUGGGUGGAACCCGCUCAAAUGGAGAAGAAAUGCAUCGAUGCAAAUCCAGCGGCCUCCACCCAAGGUCGUUGUUCCUGGACGGCGUCGUGGCCACCUGGUGUACCCCAAUCCUAAGGAGCCAGUUUGGAAUGAGGAGAAUCUCAGAGCCCUGGUGGCUUUCAUAUGGGGCUGGAUGAAAUAGGCGGAUCGAGCCGCAAAUAACGCUUUCUUAUAUUGAUAUACCCUUAAUGUUCCAGCGGCGCAAUUCUAUUAGCUUGCUACGCUCGACUUGACAGCAAACGACUGGGCUUGUUGCGACCACUUCCAGCGAAGCCUCAUUAAUUCCAAAAGUCUUCAUCUAUCGAUCUCGAAAAUCGGAAACCGUACUUGUUAGCGUCGUCCACGGACGUUAACCGCAUUGGACGAUCGUAUGCGGAAAAGCUCCUGAUUAAUUUCGGGGAACACAAGGGGAGGACUCAAAUAGACCCAUUCCGGUGGGGUCCAAAAGUCGAAUGUAAUCUAUCACCACCCUGUAGCCUUCCCAGCCGCUGGAACGCAAUACAGCACUGACACGUGAUACCCCUACACUCUGUUCAUUCCUGCCAGACACUGCU